GAGUUCUCUUUCUCACAAGUCAUUUAACAAUUUGCAGCUCCCAAAAUACAAUACAAGAAACUUCAAGAUCAUUCUUCUCCGGCCAAUACUCAAGUCUCAUAUCGAUCAUGAUCCCCGUGGUAAUCGUUUCUAAGCUACUGGUGGAGUACACGACGGGUCUCGCUAAACUCAUAGCUGUGAUUCUUCCGAGGCGGCAAGGGGACGGCAACUUCGUACGGAUUGGCAAUUUAUCCGUGUAUUGUCCUCCUACAUCGUCGCCUGUUCCAGACUACUCUUCGCAUCUAGUGAACUUCUGAUUAGCGACUUUUCUGGGAGAAAAAAAAAAAAGAAAACUUCUGAUCAUCGACAUCGAUGUUUUUUUCCUUCUAAUUUUUUUAAUCAAGUAAAUGAAUGACAGCUGACGAUUCUUUUCGCCAUUUUGGAUACUGAGCAGGCUAGAGAUCUGUCAACAUUUAUUGUAUUGAAUUAUAUAAUAGAGAUUAUGAUAAUGACAGCAUUUCCUUAA